UUCACUCUGUUCAAGCAAGACGCAUCCCAUCGCUCUCGACAGCCACACUCCGCGCGCGUGAACUCUCCCCCAAACAGAAAUGGCCGGAUACCCGAACGCGCCACCGAACUACGGCUACGGAGCCCCGCCACCGCCGUACGGCGCCGCUCCGCCGUACGGGCAGCAGCCCUACGGCGCUCCUUCCGCUCCCUACGGCGCGCCGUCCGCCCCCUACGGGGCGCCGCACCCUGCGGACAAGCCGGCGAAGGACAAGCCGCCGAAGGACUCAUAUGGAGCCGCCAGCGGAUACCCGCCGGCGCCGGGGGCGUCGCCGUACGCGAACCCGUUCUCGGCGCUGAUGCCGUCGCAGUUCCCGCCGGGGACGGACCCGAACCUGGUGGCGGGCUUCCAGAUGGCGGACCAGGAUCGGAGCGGUUUCAUCGACGACAAGGAGCUCCAGAAGGCGCUGUCGGGCUACAGCCAGAGCUUCAGCAUGAGGACGGUUCACCUGCUGAUGUACUUGUUCACCAACACCAACACGAGGAAGAUCGGACCCAAGGAAUUCACCGAGGUGUUUUACAGUCUCCAGAACUGGAGGGGCAUAUUUGAGAGAUUCGACAGGGACAGGAGCGGGAGGAUUGACGCCAACGAGUUGAGAGAGGCGCUUCUUAGUCUGGGAUUCUCCGUCUCGCCCAUUGUUCUCGACUUGCUCGUCUCCAAGUACGACAAGAGUGGAGGCAAGAACAAGGCCAUCGAAUACGACAACUUCAUCGAGUGCUGCCUCACUGUCAAGGGACUGACAGAGAAGUUCAAGGAGAGGGACCCCAUGUACUCGGGCUCGGCGACUUUCAACUAUGAGGGCUUCAUGCUGAUUGUCUUGCCUUUCCUUAUUGCUUGAGUUUGAGAUCCUUAGGAUGGUUCUCGGGCAGUAUUGUUGAUGUUUCCUAAGUACUUUUCGCGUCUCUGGGGCCUCUUUUUCCCCAUUUGAACUGGUCUAAUGUUACGUUUGCUUCUGUCAAAUAGGCUUCCAAUUAUCAUUAUAGCUUGCCAAUGCCAUCAGUCACUCUUCUUCGUUCUCUUUUCAA